AAGUGGCUCACUCAACCGUUGCGUGCUGACGCACCUUCGCUUCAUUGACUUCACUUGAGGUCAUCAAGCUGUGAUCAAGUGCCGCAUCUUUGGCUGUCUCGCACUUCUCGCUCGACGACACAACAAACAACCAUUUUGCAAUCGAUUCCCCUGCUACCAACGCACUUGACAUGGCCUCGCUGGAGAUGAGAGACAUGCACGACAUGGCCGAGCGCGACCGCGUAGACUCGUGGGCGACCGGCAUGUCUCGAGCCAGAUACUAUUCGACUCGCCCGCUGCGUGUCACCGAGCAGCCGGAGUUCACCUUCAGCAAUUAUUGGGGUCCACCAGGCGGUACUGCUGUGCAGGUGCUAGAUGCAAGCGCAGAGAUUUUCAAGCCAGCAGUGACAGCACCAAAAGCCAUACCAACUCCAAAGGUACUAUCCACAACCUUCAUUGCGGCUGGCAAGGCUCUCGGCAUUCCCGCACUACUUGAGGCGAUCUUAUUCGAACUGCCCGAGUGCGACCUGCUUACAGUCCAGCGGGUGUCAAAGAUGUGGCAGGCUGCAAUCGAGAAGUCGAAGGGUCUGCAAGAACGACUCUUCUUCCAAUCCGCUCCUUCCAAACACACAUUUCUGGUCACGCGUACGACAUUCGACAGCAGGGCUUUCCCGAACCGCCAUCGCUUCCGCACCCUGAUUGUCGUCCAAGACCGCGUUCCGGCUGUUACACGAAGCUCAGGAUAUCUGCGUAGUGCUGAAGUCAAGCUCAAUCCACUCGUCGGCACUCUGCUCCCCCUGCCAUGCAAAGGCGAUCUCGAUUCGCGCGCAGCACUCGGAGAACGCGUUCGAAUCCGCCCCAAGCUCCUCAACGUAUGGUUCGGCUCUACUCGCGCACCGCCAUCAGUCUGGAACAUGUACCUCACUCAACCACCCACCUCGCGCGUCACAGUCUCCAUUUUCGACGACUAUGAGCCACAACUGCCGCUCCGCAAAAUCGUCAAAAAGGCCGGAGGAGUCAAAUUUGGCGACAUUCUCGAGGCCUACGGCAUGCUGAUCAUUGCUUGGAAGACGACAGUGAGCUCCAAUUGCCCAGCACAUCUUGUCGACACCACAAUGUGCGCCUCACCGCAGCCAAACCUGUUCGUGCUUUUCGAUCCAGCGCAGGGCGAUGUUGGCAAUUCAAUCUUGAUCCCAAGUGAUCGUGACAUCAAGAUGGUUCAGGCAAGAGCUGAGUUGGCUGCUGCCGAGAAGGAGCUUUCUUGAGGCAUUGACAAGUUCUGCAUUGAGAUCAGGCUUGAGACGACGACUUGCUGUUAUCGCGCCAACUGAAAGAUUUGUGGCUUUGCUUGAGCGAAGGAGGUUGCGCCCCAGCCUCCCAACUACUUUGCUUGCUCUUGUAAUUCCAACAGUGUAUUGUGCGAGAUAGACUAGGUUGGCUUUGUUACUGG